UUCGAAAGGUCAAAACUUUUUGUACAAUGCACAGUGAGGAAAGCUUAUAACUCGCUCCUACAUAAAUGUCAAAAAGGGGGAACUGUGGCAACUCUAUGUAGGUAGAGGUCUUUCUUUCCUUUCCCAACUUUACGGCAGCGUGCACGUCGAUACAUAAAGGGGACAUCCAACAAAAUGACUAACUCAAAGGGCUACCGACGUGGCACACGGGAUAUGUUCUCCCGUCCUUUCCGAAAGCAUGGCGUCAUACCACUGUCGACAUAUAUGCGCGUCUUUAAAAUUGGAGACAUCGUGGACAUCAAAGGACAUGGAGCCGUACAGAAGGGUUUGCCAUACAAGGCUUACCAUGGCAAAACUGGGCGAAUUUUUAAUGUGACUCAGCACGCCGUUGGUGUAAUUGUUAAUAAGCGUGUACGCGGUAAGAUACUUGCCAAGCGUGUUAAUGUGCGCAUUGAACACAUCCAUCACUCCAAGUGCCGGGAAGAUUUCCUGCGUCGCGUCAAGGAAAACGAGCGCCUCCUAAAAGAGGCAAAGGUCAAGGAACAAUGGGUCUGCCUAAAGCGCCAGCCGGAACAGCCAAAGAAGGCGCAUUUUGUCAAGAAGUUGGAGGAACCUAUCGCACUGGCUCCAAUUCCAUACGAAUUCAUUGCCUAAUUGAAUUAUUUUGUGGCUUUGAAAUUUGUUAGUUCCGCAGUAAAUUAAAUGAUUUUCUAUCAACCGCUGCAA